AUUCCCUGAGAUUUCGUGUAUAGGGCGUUUGUUUCGUUCUCUUUAUCCUCGAACGACUUCCACCAGAAGCAAGAUAGGACACGAUAAAACCCGUUCUUCUUCUUCUUCUUAUUGUUCUUGUUCAUAUAAUUUAAUAUUAAAGAUUAAAAGUUAAAGACUUCGAAACAAGGAUUCAGUUGGAUAUCUGAUCACCUUAUACUGAUAGUCUGAUACGAAAAAGGGUUUUUAAUAGGCGGCUAAGUCGGUAUCAAUCUUUGAAUUUGCCGUGAAAUUGCUUCUUGAACUUUGGAAUCUGCCUCUUAGUGGUUUGGUUGCAUGGCAAGCCUUGAGGGUGGCGUUUCAUUUUCAUACCUUUCAAAGCUAGAAAAGGGAAAUAAAAACGCCUUUCAAUUCGAUGAUGAUUAUAGGGAUGCUGUUUGGACCGUGCCACAAGACAAAAGUAUUGUCCCAUUAGGCUCAAAGUCGAUGAAAAACGAUUACCUCUAUCAGUUUCGGGCUGAGUCCGAUGAUUUUAUUGAUGGAGAAUACGAUUCUGGUGAUGAUGUCUCUAAGUCAAUGCAAAAUGGCUUGUAUCCUGAGGUGAACUUGAAGAAUGUGUUGAGUGGGUUAGUUGCAAUCGUAACUGGGCGUAAUAAAGGCUCCCUUGGUGCUUCUGUGGAUCAGCAAUACCAAAGUUCUAAUGUAUCAUUUCUGGGGUCUGAAAAGAAUGGAGAUACAUAUUUGCACUCCUCUGUUUAUAUACCAAGUGCUCCGCCACUUCUGGAGUCAAGUGGGAUAGAUUAUAACGCAUAUAAGGAGGUUUUGGAAGCUGAGCCUCCGGAGUGGAUUCCGGAUAGUUCUACUUCAGUUUGCAUGCAGUGUAGUGCUCCAUUUACUGCACUUACACGUGGCAGACAUCAUUGCCGGUUUUGUGGAGGGAUUUUCUGCAGAGCAUGUUCUAAGGGAAGGUGCUUGCUACCUGUUAAAUUUAGGGAAAGAAAUCCCCAGAGGGUGUGUGAUUCUUGCUAUGAUAGACUUGAUCCGUUGCAGGGUGUUCUUAUCAAUACCAUUAGCAAUGCUGUCCAAGUAGCAAAACAUGAUGUCAUGGAUUGGACCUGUACACGUGGUUGGUUGAACUUACCAUUUGGUUUGUCCAUGGAACAUGAGAUCUACAAAGCAUCCAAUACGUUGAGAAGCUAUUGCCAGGUUGCUAGGUUGAAUCCAGAGAGAUCUAUACCAUGGGCUGUCUUGAGAGGAGCCAAAGGUUUAGCUAUUUUAACUGUUGUUAAAGCUGGAGUUCUUGUUGCAUAUAAACUUGGGACUGGUCUUGUUAUUGCUCGAAGGUCAGAUGGAACAUGGUCUGCCCCAUCAGCUUUGUGCUCUGUUGGUUUAGGAUGGGGUGCUCAGAUCGGAGGCGAGCUCAUGGAUUUCAUAAUUGUGCUUCAUGAUUCAAAAGCUGUGAAGACGUUUUGUAGUCGAAUGCAUUUUUCUCUAGGUGCUGGCUGCAGUGCUGCUGCAGGACCUGUGGGGAGAGUGCUGGAAGCAGAUCUUCGAGCCGGGGAUGGUGGGUCCGGCAUGUGCUACAGUUAUAGUUGUAGCAAAGGGGCGUUUGUUGGUGUGUCAUUGGAAGGGAACAUUGUUGCAACAAGAAUGGAUACCAACCUACGGUUCUAUGGCGAUCCGUAUCUCACCACUGCUGACAUAUUACUGGGGACCGUGGACAGACCAAAAGCUGCUGAGCCCUUGUAUGCUGCACUACAUAACCUCUACUCCAGCCUACGCUUUUAGUUCCGGCACUAUUUGGCAAAGCAGCUUGUGAAACAAGCAACAGCUUGAGUGCAUGGUGCAUUUCUUGCCCUGGAUGAUUUGUGACUGUAUGGUUUAUAGUUUAUAUGCAUGUGGAUGAUGGAUUGUUAUUUGGUGGACGAGUAGGCAUUGGGUCAAAUAUGUAUCUACAGUUGUCAAACAAACCAUUCAGUUACUAUGUAAAUAUUUCUAUUCUUAUUCCUUGCAAAAAGAUAAUAUGAAAGCAGUAUUUUUAUUA